UGUCGGGAAGUGAUAGGUAGAAAGUUCUGCCGCUCGGAAUGAGCUCAGAGAUUUUAAACCCACCUCCAAAGCGAUUGGAGAUCCAUUUGAUGACGAUCCUCCUUCCAUCACCGGGUUUCUCCAGACUCCGCCGAGACCGGGGAGGUACCCCGCUAAAGUGCUGCAACUUCAAGCCCAGCCACUCAGCUUGCGGGUACUCCAGGUGCAUGACUUGCUGAAGCUGUACAGCGAAGUUAAUGUAUCUGAAGACCGCUUGCUAUUCAAAAUUCCUGCAAUGUGGCAAGUUAGUGGUCUGUGCUUCAGGAUGCUUAUGUAUCUUCUCGCCGUUGAGAUGAACCAAACUUGUCAAUAUGCUUCAGGAUUGGGUCGAAAUCAUUCUGGUGAUCCUGAGAUUGAAAUUGCCCUGAAAAGAGAAGGGGAUCCUGGCUUGGCUUUGGUUUUUCAAACAUUUCAUUUCAAAUAGAAAAUGUUUUUUCAGGUGACCAAGCCGUAUAAUUACAUCCACAAGUAUGAUGGACAUAAGUUGAAGUUGAUGGCAGCAGUAGUUCGUAACAAACAAGAUCUAUUCAUCCUUUUGGGGUAUUAUCAUCUCUCAAGGAGUCUGUCACCACUCCUGAUAUCCCCACAAUCUGCUGCCAACUAUAGUCUUAAGGAAGAAGAGCUUGUGAAAUGGGACCAACUAAGCCUAGCAUCAGCCAUGGGCCUUGUAGCUGUGGAGCUUCUAGCUACGGGACUGGAUGGGUAUGCCAUUCAAGCAAAGUAACAGACCGAGUGGAGGAGCUGUUUGCAAAGAUUUGGCCACCACCAAAUGUCUUAAACCAACCUGUCUCCAUCCAUCCAUGACCCAGUUGCUAAUCAACACUUUCCACAAGCAAUAAGAACUCAAAAAGUCUGCAACUUUCGAUCAACCCAGGUGCUGGAAACCUUGUAGUGUGCUGUCUUGCAUGCUUAUUAGUUACUUCCUUGUCCAUGUGGUCUUUGUUCAAAUUAACAGACUGUGCUGCUUCUUCCUUACACGCCGCAGCUGUAAAUUUCGAGCUUUUAGAACGAUUGGAUUGCUACCCUUCUUCCUAUUAGAUUUAUAACUCUACUUGUGUUUCUAGUUUUACUCUUGUGGCCAUACUGUUAAUUUAUUUUUGAAAAUUGACAUUUUAUAGCAAGCUCAU